AUGGCCGAUGAGGAACGUUUAAAGGAGUUCAAAGAGGCAAAUAAAAUAGUGUUUGAUCCAAAUACCAGACAAGUAUGGGAAAACCAGAAUCCCGAUGGUACAAAGCUAGCAACUACUUUUCAAAGUGAAGAAGACAUAAAGAGGGCGGCCCCAGAAUCUGAAAAGGAUACAUCUGCCACAUCUGGUAUUGUUCCAACAUUGCAAAAUAUUGUGGCCACUGUGACUUUGGGUUGUAGGCUGGACUUGAAAACAGUGGCACUACAUGCGCGUAAUGCGGAGUAUAACCCUAAACGUUUCGCUGCUGUUAUCAUGCGUAUCAGAGAGCCAAAAACUACAGCUCUGAUUUUUGCAUCGGGGAAAAUGGUCGUUACCGGUGCCAAAAGUGAAGAUGACUCUAAAUUAGCCAGUAGAAAAUAUGCCAGAAUCAUUCAAAAAAUUGGGUUUGCUGCCAAAUUCACGGACUUUAAAAUACAAAAUAUUGUCGGUUCGUGUGACGUCAAGUUUCCUAUACGUUUGGAAGGGUUGGCAUUCAGUCAUGGUACUUUCUCCUCUUAUGAACCCGAAUUAUUUCCUGGUUUAAUUUAUAGAAUGGUGAAGCCAAAGAUUGUGCUGUUAAUUUUCGUUUCUGGUAAGAUCGUCCUUACCGGUGCCAAGCAAAGAGAAGAAAUAUAUCAAGCUUUUGAAGCCAUAUACCCUGUGCUGAGCGAAUUUAGAAAAAUGUAA